AUGAAUGUGGAUUAUUCAGUUCAAGACGCCUCCACGAGUGGUUUCACCCCUUUACAUAUUGCUGCACACUAUGGAAACUUGAAUAUUGCCAAAUUGUUGAUUGAACGAGGCGCCAAUGUGAAUUACAAUGCCAAGAACUCCAUCACACCUUUACACGUAGCUACCAAAUGGGGCAGACUGGAUGUGGUAGACGAGCUAUUGAACGCCGGAGCCGAGAUCGACGCUCGCACACGAGAUGGACUCACACCACUGCACUGUGCUGCCCGAUCGGGACACGCGGAUGUGGUGGAAACCCUGUUGAAGAGAGGAGCAAAUGCCGAUCUAAAAACUCGGGUAUGUCGUUCUUUCUGA